GAGAAAAGCUAUACAGCUGUGGUAUUUGCUUCAAGAAUUUCGUUCAAAGCGCUCAGCUCUCUAUACAUGUAAAGAGGCAUAUGGGUGACAAACCGUUUUUGUGCCAGGAUUGUGGAAAAGGUUUCCCAAUAAAAUCUGAUCUCCGUGUGCACCAGCGCAUCCACAAUGGCGAGAAACCCUACAGCUGCCAUCUCUGUACGAAGACGUUCGCCACGUCGGGGAACCUCGCCAUACACAUCCGGAUACACAACAAAGAAGUUCGAUACAAUUGUCCAGUAUGUCAGCGGGGUUUCGUGACGUGCAGCGCUUACAAUGUCCAUCUAAAGCGUCACAAAGGACAAAAAGACUACCACUGCGAAUGCGGAAAGACAUUUUACACGUCAUCAGCGCUAAAACAACACCGGGUCGUACACACCGGAGAGAAGAAAUAUCAGUGUAAAAUAUGCGAGAGGAAAUUCACGCAAACUAGUCAUUUAACGCGUCAUUUUAAAAGGGACCAUGCGAAACCCGGAGCACCUAUACCCUCCUCGAAUCAAUAUAAAGUCAUCUUAAACGAGAACAAAUCGCAUCUGUUCGUGUACGACCAAAAUAUGGCGGGAAACAAUGCAGAUGUCAAAUGCGAAGGACCAUAGACAACGUCAAGAACUUCAUAGUUAAUUUUAAUAUAAAUUAUGUAUUUACGACUACCUCAUUACAAUUUUUUUUUGUGUGACAUUAAUCCGUAACGUUGUUUUUAAAACAAAUUAAGUAUAUGGUAUUAAGUGGAUGUUGUUUUUCUAUGUAAAAAGAUAUAUUUGUAUUAAUAAAUUUUA